UUUCGAACGUAUAAAUAAGGUGAAACUGGAAGAUUUUACAGUCUACGGCUUUGCAUUGUUUGGCAGACAUGGAACUAUUUCUUCUUCUUUUUCUGAUUGGGACUGGAGUUAAGCCCUUUGGAGCCGUUCCGUUGGGUGAAAGCGUAUCCUCCGCCGUUGGUGAAUUAUAUUUACAUCCAGCUGAUUCACCCAGGUAUAAACCUUCCGGAUCUGGCGUCGGUGGAUUACUCUCUGCAUUUGCUGAUGUAGGCCAAACUAUUCUCGAUGCAGUACCGAAAGUUGGCUCAUCAGGACUCUCAAGUUCAACUGAUAUAGACAAAACGAUUGUCACAAGUACAAAAGUACCUGUUGUUGAUUCAUCAGUACUUUCAGUUUCAGUUGAUAUCGGAAAAAAGGUUCGCACUGGUGUACCUGGCGUUGGUGAACCAGUACUCCCAGCUUCAACUGAUGUUGGCAAAAAGGCUCUUAAUGCAGUAUCUGAAGUUGGUGCAUCAAUACUCUCUGCUUCAGUUGAUUUAGGUCCAAAGGUUCCCUCUAUUGUAGCUAGAAUGGGUGAACCGGUACUCCCAACUUUAACUGAUUUAGGCAAAAACGUCCCUACUGCUGUACCUGGAGUUGCUGGACCAGUACUCUCAGCGUCAACUGAUUUUGGAAAAACCAUUUCCACUGCAGUACCUAGAGUUGGUGAACCAUUACUCUCAGCUUCAACUGAUACAGGUGAAAAGCUUCCCGCUGCGGUACCUGAAAUUGGUGAACCAGUACUCUCAACGUCAACCGAUGUAGGCAAAAACGUUCUCACUGCUGUACCUGGAGUUGCUGGACCAGUACUCUCAACGUCAACUGAUUUUGGAAAAACCAUUACCACUGCAGUACCUAGAGUUGGCGAGCCAGUAUUCUCAACGACAACUGAAUUAGGCAAAAACAUUCCCACUGCUGUACCUGCAGUUGAUGAACCAGUACUCUCAACGUCAACCGAUGUAGGCAAAAACGUUCUCACUGCUGUACCUGGAGUUGCUGGACCAGUACUCUCAACGUCAACUGAUUUUGGAAAAACCAUUACCACUGCAGUACCUAGAGUUGGCGAACCCGUACUCUCAACGCCAACUGAAUUAGGCAAAAACAUUCCCAUUGCUGUACCUGCAGUUGAUGAACCAGUACUCUCAACGUCAACUGAUUUAACCAAAAAUUUCCUUAACUCAAUCUUAAAGUCAACUGAUUUAGACAAGAAGGAUGUUGAACGUGAUCGUGUUGGAUUAUUCUCAGCUAUAGCUGAUUUAAUCAAGAAGUCUCUCUCUGCAGUAACUGGAGUCGGUGAAUGCUCCUCAUCAUCAGAUUCAACCGACGAGAAUAAUUCUGCCGUUAAGGGAUUGGUAUCAUCUCAAAAAGACAGUGAUGCCCUCUCUGCUGUACCUAAGAUUAUUUUUGUCGCUUAUUGAUACAAAUGGAUCAUCUUUAUCCUCCAGAGGUUUAGACAAGAAGAUAAGACGCAUAUCUAUUUAUUUUUGGCAAGGUCAACCGCUAUACUAUCCCAGUGCGACUAAUUAAAAUUAUUAUGCUGUGAUGUAAAAACAUAAUAAAUUAUGUAGUUGGUUUUGAA